CCUAGACACGGGGGCACGGUCCAUUUUUCUGGGUCUUUAUUCAGGACCACUUGUGUAUGGCCGAUCGCUAUUCCCCGAUGCUACCACAAAUUCGCGCUAGUGCCAGGGAUCAAAAACACCUGGCAAGCGGUGCCAUUUUUCUGGUUGUUUGCCCGGCCGCUCCCGUCACCACUUUGCAGAGAUUCCUGAUCGGCCAUUUGCACUAGCAUUAGAUCCUAAAAACCGCACUACACACCUAAAAACCGCACCACGCAAGCCGAC